AUGGGAACCAUAGGCAGAGCUUUCUACGCCGUCGGAUUUUGGAUCCGUGAGACCGGCCAAGCAAUCGAUCGCCUCGGCUCUCGCCUACAAGGCAACUAUCUUUUCCAAGAACAGCUUUCUCGGCACCGACCUCUCAUGAAUGUAUUCGACAAAGGUCCUUCUGUUCACAAGGAUGCGUUUGUGGCUCCCAGUGCCUCACUUCUCGGUGAUGUCUACGUUGGCCCUGCUUCCUCCAUUUGGUAUGGAUGCGUCCUCAGAGGUGAUGUUAACGGCAUUGUUAUUGGAUCUGGAACUAAUAUACAAGACAAUUCCCUUGUUCAUGUUGCCAAGUCUAAUAUAACUGGAAAAGUCUUACCAGCUAUCAUUGGAGAUAAUGUCACUGUAGGUCAUAGUGCUGUGUUACAAGGAUGUACUGUUGAGGAUGAAGCAUUUAUUGGCAUGGGUGCAACCUUGCUUGAUGGUGUAUAUGUUGAGAAACAUGCCAUGGUUGCUGCUGGAGCCCUUGUUAGGCAGAAUACAAGGAUUCCUUAUGGAGAGGUUUGGGGAGGUAAUCCAGCAAGGUUCUUGAGGAAGCUCACAGAAGAUGAAAUGACCUUCUUCUCACAAUCUGCCUUGAACUAUUCCAAUUUGGCUCAGGCUCAUGCUGCUGAAAAUGCAAAAGAACUUGAGAAGACUGAAUUUUUAAAAGUUCUUAACAAGAAAUUUGCUGGUCGUCGUGAGGAAUAUGAUUCAGUGCUAGGUGGUGGUCAAGAAACGCCUGCAGAGCUUAACCUUCAGGAUAAUGUUUUGCUAGAUAAAGCUCCCAAGGCUUAA